AUGGAUUUAUCAACGGAAGAACUGCUUAGCAGAAAAGAGACGUUGAAACAAUUUGAAAAUUAUAUUGAUAAAACAAGUAACACGCUAAAAUGUUUUGUUGAAAACAUUGGAUGGACAUUGGAUAAAACUCCAGUCAAUGAUAAAUUGGCAAAAUGUCCAUUCAAUAAUGAACACAGAAUGCCACCAUCCACACUCGAGGUUCAUUGUCAAAAGUGUAUAUUGAAAAAAAAUGGAUACGAUUCAUCUCAUUCGUUUUAUCCUUCUUAUAAUUUGUCAACACCUUUAGCCCACUCUUUAAAAAUAGAUGAAAUCACUCAAAUGCAUAUUUUGAAAACUGCUUACGAGGAAUCAAAUUCAACCUUAAAUAUAAAUCUUGAGCCUAGAGAAGUUUCCCAAAGUAUAGAACGUUAUGUUUGUGAUUUUACUCCUGAUGAGAGAAGAGUAUUGUAUGAUAGUGCUGUAAAAUACACCAAACUGCCUAAUCACAAAAAUGUGAUAAACGAUUUAACAGGUGUGGAUGUAUAUAAUAAAACUGACGAUAAACCCAAAACUGAGCUUGAGAUUUUGCAAGAGCAAAGAGACUUAAAACGUAGGAGUGCUGCUUAUCGAGGAAAAAAAGUUCACACGGAUAGAAAAUCUUAUGUAGAAAUUUUAAGAGAAGUAGUUGAAGGAUUAACAAAUAAUUUGGCCCAUUCAGAAGAUAAAUCAGUAUGCGUCCAAACUUUAAAUACCGUUACAGAAACUACACCAAAUGAUCGUUUUGUGUAUAAGUAUGCUGGUAAUCAAAAUUAUGAUGGUAAUCCAUAUACUCGCUGGCUUGGUAUUGAAACAGAGGAAUCUAAAUUAUUUAAGUAUUGUCCAAAGGAGAGUCAAAGUUCAUAUCAAGAAGCUUCUACAUCUAGAAUAUCUUGUAGAGAUCAAACUGGUUUUAAAAAAUCAAGAAAAAGUAAAUCUAAAUCAAGAGAAAGAAAAAUGUCCAGUAGUGAAUUAAAAUUAAGAUCUAGAAGAUCUUGGUCUCGCACAGUAUGUAAAUCAAGAAAAAGUAGAUCUAAAUCAAGAGAAAGAAAAACGUCCACUAAUGAAUUAAAAUUAAAAAGAUCUAGGAGAUCUAGGUCUAGCUCAGUAUGUAAAGAAACCAAAUAUAAGAAACCUAAAUUUCGUUCUAAAUCCAAAGAAUAUGUAUCAGCAGAGAGUAAACAUAAAAGAUCUAGAAAACGUAAAACUCGAUCAAAAUCUAAAGAAAGUGAUUAUAGAAGGCAUGGAAGUCGAUCGAUAUCUUUAGAAAAUACAAACAAAAGAUCUAAAAAGCAUAAAGCUAGGUCUGAGUCAAAAGAACUUGAUAAGAUUAAAUGUUCUAGGAGUCUUACAAAUUAUAAUAUGUUGUUAAAUGAAAAAGACUCUACAAUACAAUUUAAACCAGGAAAUACUUAUAAAAAAAAAAAAAAACAUAAAAGUAAAAGAAAUCGUUCUAAAAGUCCAAGAAGAUCUUAUAAGAAUGAUAAAAACAACGUUAUUGAAGUUAGUGAAAACAUUGAUGCCAAAAUAUCAAAUGAUAAUGAUGUCAUCCAUCCCAUCUACCAGUCUUAA